UAUGUUUUCAGGAAGGGAUGCUUGGGAAGGUUAUUGCACAGAGGAGAUGUCGUCGAAAGAAGAGGAAUUCGCUGGUUUCGCUCACUGAAACGCAUGAGAAUAAGAAACCCAUGGAGAAAGAAAUACAGUCACAAAAUGUCAUCGAUGCAAAUACAACUGCUGGUGUACAGACUCGGAGAAAUAGCCCAAGGAAAGCUGUGCAAGAUGUCUCGAACCAUAAAAUCACGGACUUCUUUCCUGUUCGCCGAAGUUCCCGAAAAACAGGCAAACAGUUGGAGGAAGAAGAGAAAUAUGCUUUGCGUGAUGCCAUACACAAUUUGACCAAUGAGCCGCUCCUUGAAGUCUAUAUAGACGAAAAGAAAGGACGUGGCAUUCGAGCUGCCAAAUCAUUUAUGAAAAACGAAUUUGUUAUUGAGUACAAAGGAGAUAUGAUGGACUACAACUCAGCAAAGCUUCGCGAAGAAGAAUAUGCAAAAGAUCCCACUAUUGGUUCUUACAUGUACUUCUUCAAGUACAAAAGUAAAAGAUGGUGUGUGGACGCAACGAAAGAGUCAGUUUAUAAGGGGCGACUCAUCAACCACAGUGCGCUCCGUCCUAAUCUGCGCACGAAAGUUGUGGAUUUUGAUGGUGAACUCCAUCUCAUCCUUGUUGCAAAACGGGAUAUUGAUGAAGCCGAGGAGCUUCUCUAUGAUUACGGUGACCGAACACCGGAGACUGUCGCUCGCAAUCCAUGGCUGGUGAAUUCUUAGUUUAUUUCGUUAAAUUAUUGACCGUGACGAUCUUCCACAUGUUAAUAUAAUUAAGUUUGAUGCUUCUUGACCGCAAUACUGAUAUCACUCUUAUGGCUGUAUUGUUUAUUGUUUUGCUAGGUGUCUUGUUAUACUAGAAGGGUUUUUAUGUAUUGAUAAGGAGCAAAUUCCGUCUUUCGCUCAGUUGAUCAACUUAGCUACUUUGCGUGAGCCUGAGCCGCUCAAAUCAUGAUCAUCUAGGAUUAACAAUAAGGUAACCUUACAGUACUUGUUGCACAAACGUGUAUCUCAAAAUAUCGUAUAGAAACCUUUCCUUUCCUUUUUGUUAUUACAAAGUGACUGGUUGAUUGUUUUUCACUGUGUGUUUCAGCCUCUUUCAUUUUGAAAGGCAUGCAAGCAUAUGCUUUCUUCUCUGUGGACCUACGUAGAUCUCCUAUCGCCACUUUAAUCAUGUGUACUUUUUCUACUUUCAAGUUUCAGUCUUUGUUUUAUGCAUUAUUGUUCGCUUGUCAAAUUGUGUAUCAAUACUGGAUCUUUAGAAAUAUUUCUCAGUGAGUCGGCUCAGCUGUACAUUUGUAUAUUGCUUAUUAUGCUUCAUUUCUGGAUAAACUGUGUGUGU